CACGAGAUACGAAGCGAGGGAGAGUGCAAAGUUUGUACUUGCGAGGAUUCUGGUGAGAUGACAUGUGCUGAUAUGACUUGUCCAGAGCUUCACUGUGAAGAUGAUGAGCUGAUUUCCUACAGAGAGGGUGUUUGCUGUCCCUAUUGUUUGUCUGAUUGGGUUGAGGCCAUGAACCCGUCUAUCCGGAUUAAGGAGGGUCAGUCUGUGACCCUGACUUGUGCUGUUCAUGUAAAAGAUGUCGGAAUGAAGAGCAUUGUUUGGUAUAAAGAUGGAGACAGGGUGUUUGAUAGUUACAAACUCUCUAUUAACAGACUCACGCUAAAAAUAGAAGACGCAGGAGCGAAAGACCGGGGAACAUACACUUGCCAGGCUACCAAGGGUGGGGUAGCAGCUACAGGCGACUUUAGCGUCAGUGUACACAUACCGGCUGUUUGUACUCACAAGGAUGGAGCUAGUUUCUUACAAGGAGAAAUAUACAACCCAAACCAGAACACACAAUGUACAUGUGAUGCCCGAGGACGCCACUCUUGCUCAUGCAUCCUGGACCACCCUGCCAGUAUCCAAUGUUCCUUCCCCACAGCCGGGGUCUGGUAUGACGAACACUGCAAUAAGACUUGUGUACCAGUUCCUGGCACUUGUACCAGCGGCAAUGAUCCACAUUACAGAACUUUUGAUGGGAAAUAUUAUGACUUCCACGGAAAGUGCACUUAUCAGGCGGCCAGCUGUGAUGAUUUUAAGGUUAAGUUGAAGAACAAAAAUCUGGGAGGCAGUCCUACUUACACAGAUAAGAUGAUUCUGGAGUUCAAAGGCCACUUAUUUUCCGUCCACUCAUCUGGUUACUCAGCACACGUUAAUAAUCGAAAGGUUUCAGUCCCAUAUGACAAAAAGUUCGAAAAUGGUGAUCGUGUCGCUAUCAGGAACAAUGGUCAACUAGUAAUCACGUUAUAUAGCCAAGGUAGAGACCCCUCUGCAGAAUUAACAGCUCGAUCCAUGAGUGGCGGAAGGUGGAUAAACGUAGCAAUAAAACUACAUGGAUCAUGCGCCAGUGUCACUGAGGGUUUGUGCGGAGUUUGGAACGGUAAUGUUGCUGACGAUUUGUUUAAAGACUCUCCUAACGAUAACGCAGAGAAGUUUAAAGAUUAUGACGAAUCUUGUCCUCCUCCUCCGGCCCCCUAUGACCCUUGUGAUAAUAUCGGCCCUCUGAGAAAAGCUAAGGCGCUGGCGAUCUGCCAAAAACUAACUGAGCCCCCUUUUUCGGCGUGCAACAACGUUGUGCCAGUGGGAGACACAAAUGGCGGCUUUAUAAACACUUGCAUGACUGAGAUCUGCCAGUGUCACUUAGAUAAGUCAUGCGCGUGUCCUGAAUUUGAUAUGUACGCUGAAGAAUGUAUUAACAGUGGGGUAGAUCUCAGUUACUGGAGAGAUUCGGUCGACUUCUGUCCCUACACGUGUCCAAAAGGUGAAGUUUACUUGGCUGAAGGACCAGUCCCUACACCGACCUGCUUAGACAAGAACCCCUCUAAAACUGGGACCGCCCGGGGCUGCUUCUGCCCUCAGGGCCACUUCUUGCAGGAUGACCAGUGCGUUGAAGCUGAUCAAUGCAAGUGUCUUCACGAAGGCAUCUUCUACAAUAACGGAGAUGAAAUAAGAGACGAGGGUGACUGCCAAGUGUGCACUUGCGGGGAUGCUGGAAUAAUGUCCUGCCUCGAGAUGACAUGUCCAGAACUUAACUGCGACGGAGAUGAGCUGAUUUCUUACAAGGAUGAUGAGUGCUGUCCUUACUGCCAGCGUGAUUGGGUUGAGGCAGUGAAUCCUAAAACUGAUCUGAAAGAAGGACAGUCGGUGGUUCUUACUUGCUUGAUACACGCAGCUAACGUAGACAGGAAGAAAAUAAACUGGUAUAAAGAUGGAAAAAGACUGCGGGAGGACAUCUCACGGGAUAGGCUAAAACUGAGUAUAAAGGAUGCUGAUUCCUCUGAUAGUGCGCAGUACGAGUGUGAGGCUACUAAGAAUGGCAAAACUGCCUCAAGCUGGUUCGUUGUUGAUGUUCAUGUCCCGAUAUUGGAGGCACUCACUCUCGUGAAAGACCCGUGCGAAGAUAAAAACAAAUGGUGUAGAAUUUGGGCUCACAAGGGGUUCUGCAACCUGCCUUACUGCAUGAGAUUCUGCAAAUCAUCUUGCUCCCUCUGCGACACGAACUAAGCUUGAAGAGCAAUCAUUGGAAAUUGUCGAAAGACAUCCU